AUGGACAGCAGAGAUAGACACGUCACCUUCCAAUCGCCCCAAGAAUCAAUGACGUGCGUCAUCAGGGCAAGGCGUUUUUAUUUGAAUGUGCGUAUAAUUUCCUCCGUUCAGGGGAUCUGCGGCGUGGAGCCGGGCCCGGGGUAUGAAGGCGUCUCCUACACCCUCUCCAUUCUUUGCCUGGCACACUCGCUGGUCCUGGGCUUCAGCAGCCGAGACGCCCUGCUGGCCUGGGAUACCCGCCUCCGCUACAGCCUGGGUGAAGUCCACAGGUUCAGCGUCGACGUCGAGCCAGGCACCAAACUGGAAAGUGGCCCCGCCUCCCUCCACCUGUGCAACAACCUGCUGGUCCUUACCCGGGGCCUCCCUCCUGUCGUCGUCGGCAGCUGGAAGCUGUCGGCGCUGCGUCGGUUCGGCGCCGUGCCAAACGGCUUUGUGUUCGAAGGAGGGACCCGCUGUGGACUGUGGGCCGGGGUUUUCUUCCUGGCCUGCUCAGAAGGAGAGCAGAUCAGCUUCCUGUUCGACUGCAUCGUCAGGGGGGUCGCCCCCAGCAGGGCGCUCCGUACACCGAGACCCAACCAACCAGACGGUCAUCCAGACCCGGCUGCAGCAGAAGAUCGGAUCAGCCAGGAGACGUCUGAGCUGGAGAAAAGACUCAGCCUUUUGUCGGAGUGCAGCCUGGCCAGCAGCUCAGCCUCCUCCUACAGCUACAGCACAUCUGUUGCCGGGGACGACCGCAGCAUCUCCAGCUCCUCAUCCAGUCAGUCAGAAUCGAGCUGCGGAGGCAGACGGUUCUGGAAGGAGGCGCCGUUUAAACCGCUCCUCUCCGACGAGACGGCAUCCAGCUCGUCCACGCUGAGAGCUCUGACCAGAUCAGAAGACCGACUUAACGGCUCGGUGACGGGGGGCCUUGGCCCCGGGAGUCGCCCGUCCUCUGCCCAGCUCCGCCCUCGGGGCCUCCAUGACAGCGGGCGGCAGAGCUCCUUAGACAGCGGCAUUGGGAUCGCGACAGGCAGCCACUCGUCCUACUCUGGAAGCUUCUCCUCGUGCACGGGGAGUUUGGACAUGGUCAAUCAAGGAGGAGGGGAGGAACUUGACUCGGUGGUCAGCCUUCCUCCUCCUCCUUCUAUGAAUCCCCCUUCUUCACCUCCCCCUGCACCCCCUCCAACCCCUCCUCCAUCACCUGUUCAGCCCAGUCCUGCCUCCUCACAGGCCUGCACGUCCAAAAGUGGCUCUCGAGCAUCUUGUGUGCACAGCGAGGAGUACCGAGCCCCCAGCCUGCUCCGAUGGUGGUAUGACACCCCCAGGAGUCUUCUUCAGGCCCUGUCACUGAGGGGGGCACCUGCCCAGGGGGCCACACCUGACCUGAGCAGCCAUAUGCAGGGACAGGUGUUAAACACCGACAUUGAGGCUCAGCGCCAGCGAUUGAUGCUGCGCUCGCUUUCCUGGGGCGGAAACAGAAUGCCCUCUAUAGGCGGAGACAGGACGCCCUCCAGGAGCAGUGAGUGGAUGUCCACACCCAGACACCAGCUGGUCCCUGCAAGCCUGGCGUACAGAGAACCACAGGUGGAAAGCUCUUCGUCCGCAGUCUUUUCUCCAACCUUGACCUCGGCGACACAAAAGCGAGAGAAACUCUGUGCCAGUGAGGACGUUGGGAGAUUAAGAUGUCUGAGAAGAAUACUGCCUUCUUCACCGCCCGCUGCUCCUCUUCCUCCUCCGGUCACCUUCAGACCAACAUCAGCACCUCAUCUGCCCGUUUCCAAUGAAAAUGGGCCUCGAAGUGUAAAUUAUGUAAAUAUCCCCGUCCUCCUGGAAAACGCAGCAGAGCUCCUCCACGCGGAGCUGGACCUGCAGAGAUGCUCUUCAGCUCCUGUGUCCGGUUCCUACAGCGUGGUGGGAGGUGACCCCCUGCAGCUCUGUACACCUGAAGAGGACUCCGUCAGGUACGCCCACCUGGACCUCGCCGCCAAGGAAACGGCUCAGAGCGUGGGGGCGGAGCCUGUUCAGAGCAGGUGGCGAGGGCCACCGAGCUCACUCUGCAGCACCGAACUCCAAACUGCAGGUCAUUUCUGUCCGGGCUCAACGCGUCACGUGCCGUCGAACCGAUCGCCCCCGAACUGA